UUAUGUAGACACACUUCCAGCUGUUAAAAAAUCAUGAAAUAAUCGAUAACAGUUCUUGAAUAUUAAGUUAAAACAAUCAAUAUAAUACAAUACUUGAUUGCAACUUUGAUAAAAUUUAAAGUAAGCAAUAAUAAAACCGAUAAUUGUUCACUAGCGCCAAUAAAACCUUGGUGGAAAAUGAUUCGUCUACAAGUGCAUUAUUCGUAAGAUGUCUGAAACAAAAACAGACGACACCACAUUUAUUGAGUUUGAUCCUAUUUUGCCUGACUCUGGAAUAUUAUUCUAUGAAGAAUGUCCAACAGAAUAUGAAAUUGAACGGCCCAUAUUAUUACCACUGAAAAAUAACACCCAAAUACGUUUUGAAGAACAGCAACACGAAGCUGUUAGAGUGUGGAAAGAACAGCAGAAAAGCAAAACAUCUGUCAAAAAAGAGUAACAAUUCCUUCUGUUUUUUAAACUAAAGCAAAAUGUAUUACAACCUAUUCAUCAUAGAAAUUUUAUCAGCAUUUAUUCUAGCAGCAACACUAUUGUAUCGAUAUGGAGACUGUUAUAGAAACCACAUAUUAGUGACUGUAUCAGUGCUAACAGCAUGGUACUUUUCUUUUUUGAUUAUGUUUAUUUUGCCUUUGGAUAUAUCAUGGACUGUAUACAGGCAGCACCAGUGUCUCAAUGCUACAGAACCAACAUCUGUGGCUGUACAAGCAAAUUUAUCAAGCUCAGUGGCGCCACCCAUAAAUAAAUGUGAAAUAUCAUGGCCUGAUAAUAUAUUUCCAAGUCUGUGGCGAGUUGUGUACUGGUCAUCACAGUGCUUAACAUGGUUAAUAAUGCCUAUGAUGCAAUCAUAUAGCAAGGCCGGAGAUUUUACAGUGAAAGGAAAACUGAAAUCUGCUCUUGUUGAUAAUGCAAUAUAUUAUGGUUCAUAUUUGUUUAUUUGUGGUAUUCUAUUGAUCUAUCUGGCCUUUACUUCCGGUGUACAGUUGGAUGGACCAAAGAUAAAAGCUAUUGCUUCUUCUGCUAGUAAUACUUGGGGUCUCUUUCUUUUGAUUUUAUUACUUGGCUAUGCUCUUGUUGAGGUUCCAAGAAAUCUAUGGAAUAAUUCAAAGAAAAAUUACACACUGUCCUAUUGCUAUUUCAAAAUAGCAAAGUUGAGUACUGAUAAGUGUGAGGCAGAAGAGACUGUAGAUGAUAUAUUAGAGAGUUUGAACAUGGCAUUGGGUGCAAUAACAGCUGGUCAUCCACUACAAAGCCAUGUGGAGACCAUUGUUCAGAAGUUGCCAGUGCAGUUAAAAGAUAAAUUGAACUCCAGAAUACCACCAGAUCGACCCUCACCUCCAUCAAUGAAGAGUUUAAUUAAUUUACACAAAAAGACCAUUAAAGCUCUGCAUGUCCUGCAACGAACAGAGACGCAGUAUGGGCUCAUGUUACAACGGAUAUUCCACUUGGAAGAUGUAUCAACCAACUCAAGAUCCCCUGAUAAAAGGUUCCAACAUACCUUCUACACACCGCGACCUAGAAUUCAACGAAUCUUGUAUUCACCAGUAUUGGAAUGGUACUGGGAGUGUUUAAUAAAGCAGUACUUUCUGAAGACAAUGGCGGUAAUCACAUGCGCGAUGUCCCUGAUGGUGGUCUGGUCCGAGGUUACAUUCUUCAGCAAGAAGCCCGUGCUCUCUAUAUUCGCAAACGUCGUUGGCGCCGCAGGGGAUAAUUUUAACUAUGUUGCUAUUGUGACAAUAUCUACACUGAGCAUCGGCUACAUAUUCUACUGCGCCUAUUCGACUGUACUCAAGAUCCGAGUUCUGAACCUGUACUACUUAGCACCACACCACCAGACCAACGAGUACAGUCUGAUAUUCUCCGGGAUGAUGGUCUGCAGACUAACUCCCGCCAUGUGUCUCAACUUUUUGAGUCUUACACACUUGGACUCUCACAUCAUCACCCAGAGAAUCAUGGAGACUUAUUAUACACAGAUAAUGGGUCACAUGGAUGUCCUGCGAAUCAUAGCGGAGGGCUUCAACAUCUACUUCCCCAUGCUGGUGAUAUUCCUGUGCCUGGCCACCUAUUUCUCCUUGGGCAGCCGACUGUUGUCCAUGUGCGGCUUCCAGCAGUUCAUCGGUGAUGACGAGCUUACCACUGACCUCGUCGAUGAAGGUCGCGAAAUUGUUAAACGAGAGAAGCGUCGACGACAGCGGCACGAAGAGUCGAUGUUGAGGCGCCGUGAGCUGAGCGAGCGCUUCCCGCAGAGGACGUACCGAGCGCCCGACCAGAGGGACGGAGCCCACACCGGGCUGCUGUCGGACCGCGACGACACAGAGUACUACGUGGCGAGAGACUCACACGUGGAGCCCUACCGCCGCGCGGAGGUGCCCUACAACAGACACGGCGACGUCGACGACAGGUUUGGCGAGAGCACGCUGCCCUCCAUACGAGACGAGUUCAACGGGCGGAGGGACAAGAUGACCCUGCCGCCGCGAGGACUCUUUGACGACGUGUAGCGCGGCGCUCCGCAGGGAAUACAUUCGGUGCCUUUUAGUGUUACCUUUCACCGUAGGUAACUUAUACGUCUAGAUAGUCUCUUCCUGUUGACAACCGAUAAAAACAGGCCAGGUUUAAUACAUCAGUAUGUGUGACAAGCUACAUCUUACACUCCUGCCUGCGUUCCUCAAAAUAGAAGUAAACUCUAAACUUAAUUUUUUUAGACGUUUUCACAGCUAUCAUAGUCUAUCUAGACGUAUAAAAUAUGAUCUAAGCCUUUCACAUACUUUUUUUUACUUUACUAAAUUAUAAUCAUUUAAUGAUGAAACGAACUUUUUAGGAAAAUUAUUGCAAAUAUAUCGACUGCUUUCACUAUACUGAUAAACGGCACUAAUAAAUAUUGAAGGAUUCUUGGCUUAGUCCCUCUUUUUAUGAACAAGAAAUACUGGCGCUUGGAUGAAAAAAUUUGUACAACUUUCCUUCGAAUAUGGUUAGUGACAAUGGCCUCUUUAGUGUAGCGAUCAGGUAGAUUAGGUCUAUAUCUAUAGAUAUGUGCAUAGAUAAAUAGAUCCAUACCAAAAAUUACUGAAUCAAUAAAACUAAAUAGCCUUCUGACAGAUAAAUGAGUUACAACACAGAGUUGCCGACAGAUCACUAGAAUUUAUGACAUGUAGGUAUUUUGUACCUAAUGUGCUUAAAUUAUUAAAUAAUUUUGUUUUAUGGUGGUGAUAAAUUCUAUCGAUUUUGCUAAUUCAUAAUUUUUUAUUGGAUAACUUAAGUGUGUUGUCGCCGACUUUUUUAAUAUAGGGAUUUCAUAGUUUGUGAUUGUCACCGGAUUAUUAUUAUAACUGUAAUUAUUAUUGUUUACACAUUGGAAUAUAAUAAUAGAAAAAAUACUCAAUGUAAAUAGAACUAUAUUGUUAAUUUUUAGGAAAAUCUUUUUAUUACUAAUUGGAUUACUAAUCGUAUUUAAUUUAAAAGCAAUAGUCCCUACAGAAACAGUAAAGAUAUCGGAGUUAUUUGAAGUUUUUCCACCGUGAUUUAAAAUGUAACAAAGGACUACCCCCUUGACAUUCAUAAAAAAAAGAAUUACGAAAAAAGAUUUACAAUGUAUCAAUUUAACAACUGCUUUUUUGAGCCAUUUAGCAAGCAACACUAAUUAUAAUUUAUAUUAACAACGGUUGAUAGUUCUUUUCACGAGACCACUAGAUAUCAAUUUAUUUAGAACAAUUUUUAAUGUUCACUUUAUAAUAUUAGGUAUUUAAAGUGCUAGCAAAUUUUUAAUUAUGUUAAUUUUGUUAUAACACGUGUGUGGUAUUUAUUAUUUAUCUAAUCCUGUUUUAAUAUGUGUAUGGUUAAAUAAAAGUUUUGAGUAAGAUAGAAUAUUGUUGAAACAGAACAGACGUUAGGUAUUUAAGUGAUGUCAGCCAAAUUUUCAGUACACACAGAAAAAAAAAUUAUAAUAUAUAUAGUUAUAUAACCAGAACCAUUUUGAGUUACCUUUUAUUUCGCCCUAAUAGAAAGACUUAUUUAAGAAUAGCUUGUGAACUAGCAUAUUUUAAGAAUAUAUUAUAAAACAGAUUUACGCAGAGCGCCAUGAGCUAUAGCGAUUAGUAUAGUUGCAAUGAAAAAUAGUAGGUACUGUUAAUAAAAUCUAUUUUACGCUCAUGAAAAGAUCUUUCAUUUAAAUAAAUAAUACAUUGGGAGUGUUUUCGACAGCCUUUAAUUGUAAUAAAUCAUAAAAUACUACCGUGAGUCAAGUGUUGACGUUAUUGGUUGGUACGGCUGGCGAAAAGAGACAGGGCCGAAUUAUAGCGAUAAACUUAAAAAUGAUUUUAUUCAAUAUAUACAAUAUUAGCCAUAUAAAUACGUAUUAUACUAAUUGAGAAUGAGAUUAGAUUGCAUUUUAGUUAACAGUAAUGUCUGCAUUUGGUUAUUGAUAAAAUUAAAAAUUUUUGUAAAUAGUUUAUAAUUGUAAUUGUAGCAAUCAUCAACACUGUGUGGUAUUUAUUACAAAUGUGUAGCGUGUUUAUGUAAUUUUAUUGUAAAUAAAUUGUUGUUCCAUUCCAUAGUUUAAGAGUAUUUAAUAAAAAGUGAAACAAAAUAAAA